AUGCCACAGUACCAGCUCCCAGUUGCCAUUACCUUGGCCAUCGGUGCUGCAUGCAGUCUCGUGGUCUACCUGCUUUCUCGCCCUAGUGAAGGAAGCAUCAAGCUCGACGAAUCCGAAGAGCUGCAGCAUGACCCGUUCGACGUCACAACACCCCAGGAUAUCGUCGAUGGCACCCCCGUUAACGGAGAUGCGUUCUGGUCUACAAUGCGGAUACGCAAGCUCGUCUUGUCGCUCUUGUUUGCCACCGUUCUCACCAUCCAGUGCGUCUGCCUUGGAUGGUCCGGAAUAGAACGAGACUACGUCCAGUUACCCAUCUACGUCAUCCAUGUCGUCUUCGCGCUCUAUUCCCUCGUUCUCGCCGUCCGCUCGAUCCACCAAAAGGAUCAUGCUCACGCCGAGUCCAUAGUACAUAUUUUUACGUUGACGUUCAUGGCGACAAGUCUCCUCUUCACCACAGCCAUCUUGCCGGCAAAGUCCUUCGCAGAGCUGACUUUCUACCAGACUUCGCCCAUCCCGCUAGGUCUGUGGUAUGCAACGCUCGGUCUGUACUUCGUCGCGUGCGCGAUCUCAGCGACGACCCCCUGCGGCCCACCUUUGUACUAUCCCCCAGAGCAGAUCUACUCGGACAAAACCGUGAUGAAGCUCAGCAACGCCGACUCCAGCAACGUCUGCGGUGUCACCGGCGCGUCUGUCCUCGAUACGCUGCUUUUCUCGUACACCACCAAAGUUGUCAUGCUCGGCAACAUCGCCGAGAGCCUCGAGAUCGCCGACCUGCCCAUCGUGCCUGGCGAUAUGCGCGCCACGACAAUAUUCUCGAACAUGCGCGGCGCGAUGCGCCGCUGGAAGCUUCGUGUGGGUUCGUGGAGGCCGCGUCCUGGCUCUGGCUGGGAACUCGGCUACCGUCUUUUGAGGGUGAACGCGUGGCUUCUGACCUCGGUCAUCUCCCUCGCGGCCAUCGCCGCGGUGCUGUUCUACACGCCGGCUUAUUUCCUGCAGCACGUCGUGCAGUACCUCGAGGUCGAUCCUGAUCGGACGGACAGGGGCUGGGGCUGGGUGUACUGCGCGGGUCUCUUCUUCAGCAACGCGAUCACGCAGCUGAUCACCGGCCAGCUCUGGUCCCUCUCGACGACGACUCUGCAGGUCCGCUUCCGUGUGCAGCUGAACUCGAUUCUUUUCGCCAAGACUCUGGUGCGCAAGGAUGUCGCUUCCUCUUCUGGGCCUACUCCAGGCACUGCUGGCGCCGAAGGCGACGCACCGGCCAGUGGUGCUGCUGAGGAGGACGGAAAGGCGAAGGACGACGACGAAGAGAACGACGACUUUUCGAGCAAGGCGCAGAUCAUGACACUUAUGACGACGGAUGUUGACCGCGUCAGCGAGUUUGCCUGGCAUUUGUUCACAUUAAUAGACUCUCCGAUCGAGUUGGUCAUCGGUACUCUUUUCUUGUAUCAUCUGCUUGGUGCCUCAUGUUUCUUCGGUUUGGCCGUGACUUGUCUGUUCCUGCCGCUGAAUCAUUAUGCCGGCAAGGUGGUUGUGGGCGCCCAGGACAACUUGAUGAAAGCCCGAGACGAACGUGUGGGUCUCAUGAAUGAAAUCCUCGGUGGUAUUCGCAUGCUCAAGUUCAUGGCAUGGGAGCGCAGUUUUGAAGAGCGAGUGAUGAAAAUCCGUGCCCGAGAGCUUAAGUUCCAGCGACUCAACUACAAUAUUGAGAUCGUCUUCAACACGAUUUGGAAUGCAUCCCCGAUUCUCGUUACACUUGUUUCCUUCUGGCACUUCACCGUUGUCCGUCAACAGGUCCUUACCCCGUCGAUCGCAUUCACAGCCAUCUCGGUUUUCAAUGAGAUGAAAUUCGCCUUGAACGCGCUUCCCGAGACAUUCAUCAACAUGCUCCAAUCUCUCGUGUCCAUGAGACGUAUUGAGAAGUAUCUGCACGGCGCUGAAGUAGAGAAGGUCAGGCCACUCGACGGCGAGGCUCAGCCCAUCGCGCUGCAGAACGCUACCAUCACCUGGCCGCAAGACCGCACGCGAGGAGCGAGCGCCACGCCUUCUGCUGCGUCGACGCCCAAAAACAAGUUCGUCUUGAUAGACCUCAGCCUCGAUUUCCCUCUGGGCGAGCUGUCCCUGAUUUGUGGUAAACUCGGAUGUGGAAAGUCUCUGCUGCUUCUGGCGCUCCUUGGUGAAGCCGACGUGCUAGCUGGCCAGUUGACGUGCCCCCGUUCGCCGCCUGACGCGCUCGCCUCCUUCACUGGGGUCAUUCCGCCUGAGGACGAGUGGAUUGUGCAGGGCGUUUGUGCGUAUGUCCCGCAGACGGCAUGGCUUCGGAAUGCUUCGAUUAGAGAUAAUAUUUUGUUCGAUCUGCCGUACGUUGAGGAACGAUACCAGAAGACUCUAGAGGUGUGCGCACUGCUCAGCGACUUGAAAAUCCUCGAAGACGGCGAUAUGUCUGAGAUUGGAGAACGCGGAGUCAACCUAUCCGGAGGUCAAAAAGCUAGAGUUUCGCUGGCUCGUGCCGUGUACUCUCGUGCUUCUGUGCUCUUACUCGACGAUGUUCUCUCGGCUGUGGACGCCCACACUGCCCGUCAUCUUUACAACGAGUGCUUGAAGGGCGAUCUUAUGCGCGGACGAACGGUCAUUUUGGUGUCCCACCACGUCCAACUCUGUGUCCCCGGCGCCAGCUACAUCGUCGCUCUCGACAACGGUCGAGUCCUAUACCAGGGUGACCGCGACAAGUUCCGUUCGUCUGGCGUCUUGAGCACGCUCGUCCAAUCUGGCGCGGCGGACCCGGCGGACGACCAGGAGGACAAGACCGUGGCUGACAUCGAGGAUCUCUCCGAGAAGACCGAAAAGGAUGAUGCGGCAGAAAGCAGCGCAGAUAGCAGUUCCACCGUCGCUCCUGGUGCGGACACGAAGCCCGAGGAGAAGAAGACCCCGCGAAAGCUCAUUGAAGAGGAAAAGCGAGCUGUUGGGCGGAUCAGCAAGGACAUCUGGAUGACCUACAUCAGCGCUUGCGGUGGCUAUAUUUAUUGGAUAUUAUUCGUGUUUUCCCUCUUCCUCGCCGCAUUGAGUCCUGUAGCGGAGAAUGGAUGGCUUCGUGUCUGGACAGGGUCAGCUCUGGAGAGUGACGCUCCCAAGGGCCCUGUCUUUUACAUUACUAUCUAUGCGGCUAUCACAGCGGCUGGCGUGGUACUCUCUACUGUGCGAUGGAUUGUCCUUUAUCAGGGUGGUAUCCAUGCUUCUACAGUACUGUACAAGAGGUUGCUUGAGGGUGUCCUGUUCGCGAAUAUCAGAUUCCACGAUACCGUUUCUCGAGGUCGCUUGCUCAACCGUUUCGGUAAGGACUUUGAAGGAAUCGACAGCAAUCUGCCCGACAACUUUGGUCGUAGUAUGGCGUACGGUUUGUCAGCCGCGACGACGUUCGUCACCAUCACCUAUGUCGGGGGCUUCCCUUUCCUGCUGGCAUCUAUCAUCUUUGGCGCACUUUAUUACAGCGUUGGGAGGGUGUAUGGCCAAACAUCUCGUGAUAUGCGUCGUUUAGACUCUGUGACACGCUCGCCUCUCUACUCCAUCUACGGUGAAACGAUUGCGGGCGUUACUGUAUUACGUGCAUUCGGUGCAUCCACCAAGUUCAUGAGAGAUAUGCUCCGCUGCGUGGAUACCAACUCGAAUCCGUACUACUGGAUGUGGGGAGUGAACCGCUGGUUGUCUGCCCGCUUCAAUCUUUUGUCCAGCGCCGUUGUGGGUGUCACCGCCUUCGUCGCUAUCUUGACGCCUGGCAUUAGUGCUUCCCUGGCCGGUUUCGCACUUGCGUUCGCAUCGACCGUCUUGAACGACCUGCUGUUCUUGGUCCGCCGAUUUGUGGGUCUCGAGCAGUCCUUGGUUGCCGUGGAACGUAUCAAGGAGUUCUCGGAGUUGCCUCGCGAGCCACCGGAAUUCAUCGAGCCCCGUCCUCCUGCUUCGUGGCCCGAGAAGGGAUCUAUCAAGUGCGAAAAUUUGGUGAUCCGAUACGCUCCUGAUCUCCCCAAUGUGCUUCACAACCUGAAUUUCGAAAUCAAGCCGGGUGAGAAAGUCGGUGUCCUCGGUAGAACCGGUUCGGGCAAGAGUACCUUGGCGUUGUCAUUCUUCCGCUUCGUUGAGCCCAAUGAGGGUCGCAUAGUUAUUGACGACUUGGAUAUCUCAAAAAUGGGUCUAAGUGACCUGCGCAGCAAACUUACAAUCAUCCCUCAGGAUCCUACGAUCCUGAGCGGAACGCUGCGCUCCACCCUUGACGUCUUCAAUGAGUACGAAGAUGCAGAGAUUUAUGAAGCAUUACGGCGCGUACAUCUGAUUCCCAGUAGUGAUACGCCAGCAGAAGAUGCUGAGACAGUCAACGCAAAUGUUUUCCGCAACCUUGACUCGGCUGUGUCUGAGGGUGGAGAGAAUUUCUCCAGCGGAGAGAAGCAGUUACUUUGCAUGGCCCGUGCAAUCCUGAAGCGGUCCAAGGUAUUACUAAUGGAUGAGGCAACUGCUAGCGUUGACUACGCAACGGAUGAGCUGAUUGGCAAAACAAUUAGACACGAGUUCGCCGAGAGUACUAUCCUCACGAUUGCACAUCGAUUACGCACGGUCAUUGACUACGACAGGGUUAUGCUGCUUGACCAAGGCCGGAUUGCAGAGUUCGAUAAACCUGGUGCAUUGCUUGCAGACCCUUCGUCCAGCUUCCACGCGUUGUGCAAGGCGACGGGUAAGAACGAGUUCUCAGUACUCAAGAAAAUGGCUGGUGUUCCGUGA